AUGGAGAAAAUGAUGAAGCACCAAGAGUUAGCCAACAAGAACCAUAAAGCUUCAUUGAGAAACCUAGAAAGACAAAUUGGACAAUUGUCCAAGCAAACAGCUGCUGAAAGACCAACCAACUCUCUCCCAAGUGAUACCAUCCCAAAUCCCAAAGAAGAAUGCAAAGAAAUUCAACUUAGAAGUGGGAGAACACUAGAGGAUGACAAGGUUAGCAGUAAGAAAGAAGUGGCAGCAGAGGAAAAAGAUCAGGAGAAGCUCAAAAAGAAGGAGGAAGAGCCACCAGCUUCAAAGAAGGUAAAGCAAGUCAUGGAAGAGCAUCCACAAGAACAGAAGAAGGUGGUGAAACCUUACAUUUCUCCUCUGUCAUACCCUCAAAGGUUGCAAAGAGAGCUCAAGGAUCAACAAUUUCCCAAGUUUCUUGAGGUUUUUAAGAAGCUGGAAAUCAAUAUCCCACUUGUUGAAGCAUUGGAGCAGAUGAUUCUAUAUGCAAAAUUCCUCAAAGAACUCAUUAACAAGAAGAGAAGCUGGAAUGAGAAGGAGACUGUGAUCUUGACACAAGAAUGCAGUGCAGUGAUUCAGAAGGGUCUCCUACCAAAACUCAAAGAUCCUGGAAGCUUCUUUUUGAAGACUAUCCGCGUGAAGCGUGACUGA